AUGGCUUACUCUGACACGGAAGAGAAAUACCCUGUCGAUAUGCCAGAAGAUCCUGGACCUGGCCUGCGCGGAUCUCGCGAUUCAUCAACACAGCACGGUGCAGCAAUGGCAUCGUCCCCGCCUCGGUCCGAUAGCGAGUUAUCCUCCGCACCGUCCUCUUCUCCUUCGCCCAAGCUCUCGGUUCAGUCUUUCUUCGAGGCUGAGGACGAGAAAGAGGGGGAGAAUGAGGAGUGUGGCAGGAUGGAGGUUGAUGGGAAAAGGGUGGGCCCUGGAGAAGACCGGCGGAUGAGAGGAGGGGCCGGUGCACUUCGGCUCGGAUUGCCAGGGCCGGGACCGUCUCGCGAGAGGACCGUGAAGGUUGAGGUGGGAGUUGAGGAUGUCAAAGGGGAGCAGAGUACGGAAAUCGUUCAACCUCGACCUCGACCCAUCCUUCGCGCGAGACCAUUCCGCGAGCUCGUCGUCCUCAUACCCCUCAGGUCCCGGCAUCGCGCGCCUCCUGCUCAAAUCCCUCCAUCCAACGGCGAAACUUCCAAACGUGAACCGGCACAAUCCCCUCCUGUCGACGUCAAGCCGGAUGUACAAGCAUUGUCCCUCGCGGCACGCGCCCAGCGGCGGCACGGAGGGGGAGAAAUAGAAACGGUGGUCAAGGUCGAGGGGACGACGCAUGUCAAGGUGGAGCCAAGGGAGACAAGAGAGCAUAAUGCUGGUAUUGACCUGUCGGGUAAUCGUCCAGCUCGCAGGCCUUAUGUCCUCCUACCGCGCCGUGCAGCAAAUGGCCGCUCAACCUUCCCCAUCGACCUUACUGCACCAUCCCGCCGAGCAAGAGGUCGGUCUGUCGCAGUCGCCGAGGUGUCAUCGGAUGACUCGGACUCUACAGGCGGGGAAUCGGAGUAUUUCGAGUCGGAGGACGAGCCGCCAGUACGGCGUAAACGGUCACGUCAGCUAGUCAGGUCGGUGGACCACUCGUCUGACUCGGAGUCAUCGUUGUCAAGCCCCCCAAGCAGUCGGGCCGGGGACUCUCCCGCCGAGCCUAGAGCAUCAAGCUGUAGGCGCCGAGCCGAGAGUCCAGCCCCGGCUUCGGACGACGGCGAUCCGAGUCGCUGGGCAUCCCGGCUGGGCUAUCUCCAGCUCAAGUCGAACGCCGAGCUCGUUGCGAUCUUUACCAAGGCGGAAGAGAGGCAUCAGGAGACGGGGCUAUCGUAUGAGAAGCUAGGCAAGGAGCUGGCGGAGCAGGACAAGACUUACACGCUCGUCACGUGGAAUCACCUCUUUCGAUGGUGGCGUCAAAAGGCGGAGCGAUUCUCGGACGACCGACAGAUUGCGACCAACAGCAUGCUCUCCACGCCAGAGAUGGACGAGAUCCUGCGCAAUGCCCAUCCGCUCAGCGUAAAAUCUGGCGGAAGCUACGAGGACGUCGUUGAGCAUGUCCACGCCAAAUACCCAUACUACUCGCAGAAGCGGUGGAGUAACCGAUAUUGCCAUUGGAGAAAACAUCGAGAAGACUUCUACACGCUACCGCACGAUCCACAUGUCGACCAGUACUCCGCAUUGUUCCCGCCGUACCUGCGCAACAUCAAGCGGGGCGAGACGCUGGAUACGGUAGCGGCCAUUCUCGCUGAAGAUAACGCUGAGCUCGGACACUCCACCAAAGAGUGGAACCUAUACUUCGGUACUUGGCUGCGACUCCAUACCGACAAACCAGACCCUAGGUAUUUGACUGGAGGUGAUGCCCGCGACGCCCGCUACGAGGCCGCCAGAGUCGAGAUGGCCAAGCUGUUCAAGCGGGAUUAUGAUUCUAGUGUAUUCCUGCACAGAUUAGUAGGUGAUGAGGUUGCAAAAGCGAUGCCGAGCCAUAUGGCAUCUACGAUCACUCUCAUGUACGGCGAAUGGCGGAAAGGCCGCAAGUACUUUGCGACGCUCGACAAGGAGCUGCAUUUUACUGGGAAAGGGAACACGGAUGCUUUGGCGGGGAUGGCGACGGCAACGGCGGGAAAGAAGCGAGGGCGGCCUCGAAGGUCCGACAAGACGGGCGAGCGGUCCGGGCGACGGAAAAAGAGGGCUAUCAGACACGAUGAUACGGCCGUACGAUGA